AACUCGACGUGCGGCUCACUUAUGUGGGCGUGUAGUUUGAAUCUGGGCACGUGAUCCAUUCAUAAUUUCGCAUCAAUAUCUCUAGUCUGAGCAGCGUGCCCGGGCAUCAGUCUACUACCGGCGCGGCAAUCAGUUGGCACGUGUACUGGUGCUAGAUGAGUUCUGCAUCCUUUGGCUGGUGGUUUGACGUUUAUACUAAUCUGAGGACGGAAUCGACUGCAUCGUGCAUGCUGCUCGACUUCUCAGGAUGAGGUCCAGUCUGGAAUCCACCUUGCUCUUAACUGUAGCAGCGCUGUUGAUGGCAACAGUUCUUCUACCAUCACCUCCUUAUGUUACGGCUUUACCGCGUUCAGCUAGGCAGGCUCCUGUUGCAGAAGACACGUGGGGUCCAUGGAGCAGUGAAUGGAGCCCCUGUUCGCGGUCCUGUGGAGGGGGCGUUUCUUACCAGGAGAGAAGAUGCAUAACCACAAGGCCAGGGGCGAAGCCAACGUGCAUGGGGCCAGCCUUCAACUAUCGCUCCUGCAACAUCCAGGACUGUCCUGAAGGUGCUCAGGAUUUCCGUGAGGAGCAGUGCAGCAAGUACAACACCAAGGAAUUCCUGGGGAACUUCUACAAUUGGGUCCCGUAUCUUGGAGCCGAUAACAAAUGUGAGCUCAACUGCAUGCCAAAAGGGAAGAACUUCUACUAUCGGCUCGCUGAGAAAGUUGUCGAUGGAACGAGAUGUGAAGCGGACAAGCUGGAUGUGUGUGUGAAUGGUGAAUGCAUGAAAGUGGGCUGCGACAACAUGCUUGGCUCCGACGCUCGGGAGGACAUUUGCCGCGAGUGCAACGGAAACGGCUCCUCGUGCAAGACGAUCAGCGGGGCCUUCGGGCGGAAGAAGCUGCCAUUUGGUUACAAUGACAUCCUUGUGCUACCAGCUGGCGCCGUGAACAUUCAUGUUGCUGAGGUCCAGCCAUCCAAUAACUUCUUGGCUCUGCGCAAUGCAAAUGGACAGUACUACAUCAAUGGCAACUUCACCAUUGACUUUCCCCAACCCUUCGAAGUGGCCGACACGGUGGUUUACUAUGAGAGGAAAUUUGGCGCCCCAUUUUACGGAGCUGAAGCCUUGCGUGCCCUCGGCCCCAUCACUGAGCCACUGUUUGUUGUGCUGGUCACACAAGAGAGAAACCACGGGGUUGCGUACAAUUACUCUGUGCCAUUGGACAGCGAGGGAGCUAAACCGGACACCUACUCCUGGCUCUUCAGUGACUUUACGCCUUGCACGAGGACCUGUGGCGGGGGUUAUCAGCUUCGUGACGUCUGGUGCGCGCGAUCCAGUGAUUUUGUCAGAGUGCCAGAAUACCUAUGCGAUCCUGCCUUGAAGCCAGCCGGGAAUCAUUCCUGUAACAUGGUGCCUUGCCCACCCAGUUGGCUUGCCGGUGAGUGGAGUCCUUGUUCCACCUCCUGCGGGUUGGGCCAGCAGGUCAGACUGGUCUACUGUGAGCAGGUCAUGCACGGCGACCGGGCUGAGAUCAUCCACGACUCCUUCUGCGAGAACGGCCUCCUGGAAGACAAGCCCAGCUACCAGCAACACUGCUUCUCGGCGCCCUGCCCUGAAUGGACAGCUGGCAACUGGUCCCAGUGCUCAGUCACCUGCGGGCGCGGUGUCCAGACACGAGCCGUCUCCUGCAGCUCGGGGGAGGAGGUCCUGGCCGACUCACAGUGUCUCGCCGACAUCAGGCCCAACAGCCAGCAGGUGUGUCACAUGGGGCCCUGUGAGGACGUGCAGUGGCUGGUGUCCCAGUGGUCUGACUGUUCUGACCAGUGUGGUGAUGGUGUCCAGACCAGGCAGGUGCACUGCAUGGGGCCCUCGGGCACCAUUUAUGCCGAGGAUGUCUGCGAUGGCAACCUGCGUCCUGCCACGACACAGCGCUGUUCCUCUCGGCAGGCCUGUCACCCCCUCUGGCACGCCUCCCGCUGGACCGAGUGCUCCACAGAUUGCGGCCAGGGCCUGCGCAUCCGGAACGUCUUCUGCGCUCACUUUGUGAACGGCGAGUGGGAAGCCACUUCGGAUGGCGCGUGCAACGCCACCAUCAAGCUGUCCACCUCGGAGGUUUGCGACAACGGACCUUGCGUCGGGGCUGUGUGGUUGACUGGUUCCUGGGAGAAGUGUUCAGCAAAGUGUGAGGGAGGCCAGAGGGCCCGGCAGAUCAUGUGCUUCAAGGAUGGGACUUCGUUGGACAGCUCCCACUGUGAUGCAUCAAACCGGCCAAUCGAGCAAGAAAUUUGUAACACCCAGCCUUGCGAUGGCUCAGAAGAGGAUUGUAACAGGUCAACCUACGGCUGUUGUGAGGAUGGAGUUACUGAGGCAACUGGACCUGACCAAGAGGGCUGUCCAACCAGUGAAACCGAAGCCCCUACCUCAGCGCCAUCCACCACUACCGGCCCAACCUGUGCUAGUUCCACCUUUGGCUGCUGUGCGGACGGGAUCAAUGCUGCCUCAGGACCGGAUGGAGAGGGGUGCCAGGAAGAAAAAGAAACCUGUGAACAGCCAUACGACACCGGCCCAUGCUACGCCUUUGAACUGAAGUGGUUCUUCGACAUUGAAUACCAGCGUUGUGUGAACUUCUGGUAUGGCGGCUGUGAAGGCAAUGCCAAUCGCUUCGACUCGGAGAAGGAAUGCCAGUCAGUCUGCACCAUACAACAGGAGCCUAUGACGCAAGAAGAGAUGUGUUCACUCCCUCCGGAGGUUGGGCCGUGCAAGAAGAGCAUUGAAAGCUACUACUUCAACCCCGAGACAGGCCAGUGCGAGAGUUUCACUUACGGGGGAUGUCACGGCAACAUGAACAAGUUCCGGACUCCAGAGGAAUGCGACAUCAAGUGUGGCACCCUGAACAAAGAUCCCUGCACCCUCCCGCUAGAGCAUGGCAACUGCUUUGAGACCCACCUCCGUUGGUUUUACAACAUCCGCACACAGCAGUGCGAGCAGUUCAACUACACCGGUUGCCUGGGCAACCCCAACCGUUUUGAGGAUGCCGCCAGCUGCGAGGAGCGUUGUGGUGUGGUAGACAGGGUACCAGAUCAGCCAGAAACCACAGGAGUCGUUGUUGAUGUGUGUGGCUUACCCAAGGAGCAUGGACCAUGCAGGGAAUCCAUCCUGCAGUGGUACUAUGACACUGAACGUAACUCAUGCCAGCAAUUUAUCUACGGAGGAUGCUUGGGCAAUGCCAAUAGGUUUGACUCAAGAGUCACCUGCUCACAAGCAUGCAUAUCGUACGGUGCGGAGCAGUGCUCCUUGCCCAUCGAGCCCGGCCCAUGCUUUGGGUACUUCCCUACAUGGGGCUACAAUGCUACAGUAGGGGCCUGCCAGCCAUUUGUCUACGGGGGUUGCCAAGGCAACGACAACCGCUUUGACACGCAGGAUGCAUGUGACCAUGCUUGCGGGCCAAAAGCCAUUACCAAGUGCCGCCGAAGCCGAAACUACGCCACCUACGUAGCCCAGGGUCGUCUUGGAGCUUUCAUCCCCCAGUGCACCUUGGAGGGCCACUUUGAAGCCAUGCAGUGCCACGGGAGCACCGGCCACUGCUGGUGUGUGGACAUGAACGGCCGGGAGAUCAACGGAAGUCGCCGGGCGCCAGGCAUCCACGUCCAGCGACCAGACUGUGAAGCGUUCCAACCCCGUACACUAACCACCUGCCAGCGACACCUGAAGCAGGUCCAGGGGAAGAAUGGCCAGGCCCCGCCCGGCCGCUACGUCCCACAGUGCACCGAGGCGGGCGAGUACGAGACCGUCCAGUGCUACGGCAGCACAGGGUACUGCUGGUGCGUCAAUGUCAACGGGGAGGAGAUCGACGGCACACGCAGGGGACCGGGCAUGGGCUCGCCUAAUUGUGAUGGUGGUGCCCAGGGUCCGUGCCCUUCUCUCGCCCUCCAGCUACAAGCCGGGCAGGCCACCAAUGACUACCAGCCGGUCUGCACCCCCGACGGCCUGUUUGUGCGGGUGCAGUGCGACGGUGUACCCCAGUGCUUGUGCGUCAACGAGACCACAGGGGAAGUGUUGAAGGUUCUCAACGAGGUGCCGCUGGAUGGGGACUUUGAUGCUUGCAAUGAUGCCCACCAGGAGCCGACACGUUGCCAGCAGCACAGGAACAGCGUCCUGGCCACUGAGGAGCCCACGGGUCACAUCCGCUAUGUCCCCGAAUGCAACGAGGCCGGCGACUACAGGGAGAUUCAGUGCUAUGGCAACACGGGCCACUGCUGGUGUGUGAACGAUAAUGGGGAGGAAAUUGACGGAACACGCAAGCGACCGGGAGAAGGAGUCCCCGACUGCACCGUUAAAGACUGCCAUGCGGCACGUGAGGAGGCCUCAUCUUCCGGAAGGAUCGGGCAUUACAUCCCACAGUGCACCGAAGAGGGCUUGUACACACCCACUCAGUGCCAUGGUGGGACGGGAUAUUGCUGGUGUGUCGACGAGAACGGUGAAGAACUGACAGGAACCAGGCGAGGCCCGGGAGAUGAACCUGUCAACUGUGAAGAUGUAUGCAGCCUGCCCAAGGUGACUGGGCCCUGCAGGGGCUACUUCCCAGUCUUUGGUUACGACGCGAUGAUGGGCUCUUGCGACAAGUUCAUCUAUGGGGGCUGCCAAGGCAACGCCAAUCGCUUCCAGACCCGUGAGGCUUGUCUGAUUGCUUGCACUGAUUACCAACCACAACCAACUACAGUAUUACCUCCAUACACCACCCAGUCAGUCAGUCCAACAGAGUCACCCGAUGAGCGUUCGACAGUGUCCUCACCGACAAGCUCGCCACCAGUCAGCUCAACUGCUGAAACACCAUCCACCGCGCCAUCUGCUCCGCCACGCGCACCAUCGACUCCAUCUGUGGCAUCCACGGCUGCCCCACGUGUCACUGCAUCAUCUAGUCCUGCCUCAAGAUCCACCACAACAGCUCCAUCCACGACAACCCCAGCCUCCACAACUUUGUCGGUUGAUCCGACGGCAGCCGUCACCGAGCGUCAGUCACCCAGCCCGUUGCCGGACUCAACCGGAAGCGGCCAGCCGUCCACCACCCCCCAAACGACGACACUCAUCUCCUCCAUGUGCGAGAUCCAGCGCAAGGAGGCCCUGGCCAACACGCUGCCGGGCGUCUUCAUACCCCAGUGCCAGGAGGAUGGGUCCUUUGUCCCCAAGCAGUGCUAUGAGCUGAUUGGUCAGUGCUGGUGUGUACACCAGGACGGCGUGGAGCAAGGAGGAACGAGAGCCCUCAUUAAUGAGCCUCUGGACUGCCAAGACAUUUGCAGCAUGCCAGAGUUCAGAGGUCAGUGUCCAGACAACAUCCAGAAGUGGUACUUCAACACCGAGGCUGGCGUGUGUGAGACUUUCACCUACAGUGGUUGUCAAGGCAACCUGAACCAGUUCGAUGACCAGGCGACGUGCGAGCAGACAUGUGUCACCCCAGAGCCAACGUCCUGCCCAGAGAAGCGGAAGACCGCGUUGGCCCGCGGCCUCUUGGGCGAGUUCGUCCCCCAGUGCACCGAGGAUGGCCUCUACGCCUCCAAGCAGUGCCACAGCAGCAUUGGACACUGCUGGUGCGUGGAUGAGGAAGGCAUGGAGCUGGGUGCGACGCGACGUGGCCCAGGAGAGGAAAUGCUGGAUUGUGAUGAUGCGUGUAGUCUGCCCAAGUUCAGUGGUCCUUGCAAAGGGUCCAGUGCCAUGUGGUACUAUGACGUCAUUACCGAGAGGUGUAAACCCUUCAACUAUGGAGGUUGCCAAGGCAACGGCAAUCGAUUUGAGACGGAGGCAGAGUGCCAGACGACGUGCUACAUUCCAGAGGUCACAGGCCGACCUCCGACGACCUGCGAGAUUCAGAGGGAGGAAGCCCUGACUAGCCCUCGCCUGGAUGCAUUUAUCCCGCAGUGCACCAGUGACGGGGCGUUUGAGGCCCGCCAGUGCUACGAUCUAAUCAGCCAGUGUUGGUGCGUGAAUGAAAAUGGAGAAGCUCAGGGUGGUACCCGGACCAGGCGUGGCCAGGUACCCCUGGACUGUAACGACAAGUGUUCUUUCCCCAAGUUUGUCGGACCAUGCCGCGGCAAUUUCCCCAAGUGGUUCUACAACAUGGAGACCAUGUCUUGCGAGGAGUUUACCUACGGCGGUUGUGGAGGCAACAUGAACCAGUUCAACAGCCAGGAAGAGUGCCAGCAGGCCUGUCUACCCCAAGGUCCCGAGAUGCAGUCUUGCCAAAUGCAGAGGGAAGAGGCCCUGGCCAAUGUGCGGCCCGGCCAGUAUGUGCCGCGGUGCACUGAGGAUGGCUGGUUCAUGCCCCAGCAGUGUCAUGAGAGUACAGGGCAGUGUUGGUGCGUCACCGAGACCGGGAUGGAGCAGGGGGAGACCCGACGGGAACCGGGGAUGCCGCUGCUGGAUUGUGAAGAUGUUUGCAGUUUUCCCCAGGCCACCGGCCCGUGCCUGGGCUACUUUGCCAUGUGGUACUACGACACUGAAGAGCAGGCCUGCCGGCGGUUCAUCUACGGUGGUUGCCAAGGCAACGGCAACCGCUUUGAAAGCCGAGCGGAAUGUGAGCAGUCCUGCGUGGUCCAAGUAACCACAACCUCCGAGCCCGUCUCCCUCUGCCUGGUGACCAGACAGAACGCCCAGUCCCAGAACGUGAUUGGCAACUUCAUCCCGCAGUGCACGGAAGAGGGCCUCUUUGUCCGGAGGCAGUGCCAUGGCAGCACCGGCUAUUGCUGGUGCGUGGACGAGAUGACCGGGGAGGAGAUUGUGACCAGGGUGCCCAAGGACCCGAGGGCCCGGCCAGAUUGCGACGUCUACUACCGGAAUGACACAGUCCGGAUUGGUGAGCCCAGUAAUACCACCCAGCCGACGGACAGGGUGACGCUGAGCCCCAGCCACCCGUUGGGUGACGAAGGCUGUGCUACGUCCACCUUUGGCUGCUGUCCAGAUGGCGUCACCCAGGCCAGCAGGGAAGACCAUCUCGGCUGUCCAGGCAUCACCCCAGCAAUGGUGGAAGUGGCCCCCUCAGACUCCACGGUGGUAUUGGGCGGCACCCUGACGAUAGCCUGCCGCGCCCAGGGCAGCCCCACCCCGACUGUCACCUGGCAUCGCGAGGACGCGAAUGUGGAGGAUGGCAGGGACAGCAGAAUCAGUGUGAGCGAGGACGGCACGUUGGUCAUCGAGGACGUGGUGGAGGCAGAUUCUGGCCUGUACGUCUGCAGGGCCUCCAAUGGCGUCGGGCAGGCCGCUAAAGUUGCAGUGGAUGUCAACGUUUUCACGCCGGUGCAAAUUCCUGAGACUAGCCAGCUCUCGGUGCGGGCUAAGGAGGGAGACGUGGUGGAGCUCCACUGCCGGGCUACAGGGAACCCCAAGCCAGUAGUGACCUGGGAGCGAGGUGUGGUCUUCCUGCCUGACAACGACCCCCGCAUGUCACAGCUGGAAGACGACACACUGCGCAUUGAGAAUGUGGAGCUGGGUGACUCGGGCAACUACGUUUGCACGGGACGCAACAUGUUCGGCACAGUGCAAAAGAAGACCAUCACGCUGACUGUCGAAGCCGAGGUGCACAUUGUGAAUAUUCCCUACGAUGUCACGGCCGAGGUAGGGGCCACCGUUAGGCUGGCUUGCGGCAGCACCGGCUCCCCCAAACCCACCACGCGAUGGACGGUCAACAACGUGGGCCUGCCUCCCAUGGAUCGGUUUGAGUUACUGCCCACAGGGGAUCUGAUCAUCAACGGUUUAAGAAGCACUGAUGGAGGUACCUACACGUGCACUGCGGCCAAUGGUAUCUCCAGCGAGAGCGCUAGUGCUACAGUCACUGUUCAAGGUGCGGCUGUUGAUCCCAACUGCCAAGAUAAUGUCCGCUACGCCAACUGCCGCGUAGUUCUACGUGCUAACUUCUGCCAUCGGAAGCCCUACGACACCUACUGCUGCGCCACGUGCAAGGACAGCCAGGUCAGAGGUCGACGCCGACGACGAUAAAUGUGCCUUAGGAGUAGUCUGAAUCCAUCUCGUCACGGAUUGCAUUCAGCUACUUGAGUGAAAACUGCCUGUGUAAUUCUACGGGAAUCUGGAAGACAUGCUCGUGUUUUCGGAAAUUUUAGAACCUUCUCUGACUUUUUAAAACAUGAUUUUUAUGAGUAGGCCUAUCUUUUUUAUGUCUUGAUAGUGACCAUGUCACAAGCCCUGUGCAGUGUUUUUAUACUAAUAUAUACUUUUUGAGGCAUGUUAAUUCAAGUAAUAUGUUGACCAUGUAUCUUGUCUUUGAGAGGAACAGGCUGAUUUGGGCGACACUUUUUUAUUUGAUCUGCAAAGCUUGUAAAUGAUUUCCUAAGGUUGUAUCAAUCACGGUUGUAUCAAACUCUUCGAGUAUGUUGAGAAAACAGCGAAGAAAAACAAACUGAAAUUCGGCAUUUCUUAAGAAAUGUACCUCAGUUCUCAAAUGGUGCUGCUUAACUUUUUAAAAUGAGAUUUCAGAGAGUUGCAAUUUAUGUGUUCCUUAGUACCUUUAUCGUACAGUACAUGUACAGUCACUUUUACCCCUUGAAAAACCCAGACGUAAGGUUGACAAGACAGCGUUUAUAUCUAGAUUUAAACACGUCUAUCAAAUGUUGCUUCAUCAUAGUUUUUCAUGCCACAGAAAUUUUGUUUUUGCCCACAAAAAUACUUCCAAGUGCGGACAGGUGGGAAGUGCGUAGAGGUUGAAUUGUAGGACAUGUUCUUGCACUGUGCAUUGAUGCACCCCUUUAGCUUUAACUGGCCACAGGUCUUUCUCUGAACAGGGUAAUACCACGUUUAUGUUAUUUGCAGUCCCUUUCCUCAUUUCUAUUCGGCCCAAAGUUACUGUUCCACACUGCCCCCCUUUUAAUGUCUUUCUCAAAUGCUUUUUUUUAACUGUGACAUUUCAUAUGGUUUUGUCAAUCUCUUCUUUCAUUGUCCAUUUUGAGCAGUUUGAAGCUAGUAGUAUUUUGUCCCAUUUCCAGAUAUUUGUCUUUCAUUCCAAGCAGCAUUUUUGGUUCACACUUCAUUAGUUUACUGCUCUUUUUUUGAAUUUCUGAUGAGAAAAAGUAUUGUAGUAUUUUAUGAAAACUGAGUCUUUUUCAGUAUUAAAUUGGCCUUUAUUAGCUGACUUUGUGAUCAUCCUAAGUCUGCUUCAGUAAGAUUGAUCCAAUGUACAUUGUUGUUUUUUUUUCUAAUGGGCAACCAUCUGGUGCUCUAACCUGCCACCGUGGGAUGUUCAUUCAUGUGAGAAAAUAGAUGUCAUUAUAGUGGUUUUCAAUGAUACAGACAUGGCUUCACACUUGCAGGGUACUAGUACUGUAGGUGUUGCUGCAAGGUAUAGUGAAUCCGGCGACCACGGUGUUGUCCUGUGCAGUGGCCCCCACCAAUGGUGGUAUUCAUUGUGAUAUCUGUUGUAUGGAGUCACUGUUCCACUAUCGCCCUAUACAAAACCCAGAUCAGUGCUGUCUGCCAUGAAAAGGGGCCGUCAGGCAUGUUCAGUGAGACAAGUUGUCUUCGUGGUCGGGUAUCCCGUCUUAUUUUAGUCAAGAUGCAACAAAAUAGAUACGCUGAAAUUUCAACCCAGCCUCCAGUAAGACUGCUUGCACCAGUACACAGAAUGUGUCACAGUUCAGUUUUGCUGUCUCUGAAGAUAUUGCUGUCUGACUUUCACAAUGACUAGUUCUUGUUUUGCUGUAGACCCGUUUGACAAAAUGAGUUUUAUGUAUGCCCAAUUAAAACACCUAAGGCCCAUUAGUCCAUUUUGAGGAAACAUGUUUACUAUCUUAAAUUCAAAAGCAGUCUUGGGAUUCUUUGUGAUCGCACGGUAUUUAUUAGCCUCUGUUUCAUAAUAUAAAUAGGAAUUAUUUUUUAAACAAUUUUAUUUGCCUGUGUGUACACAGCUGUUACGAAAGGCACAGAAUUACACAGACUUUGUACGUGUAGAUCGUGUACAUCAUUAAAAGACGUUGCGAUGUUAUACUCGUAGUUAAUGACACUGGUUAUAUUUAGCACAUUUCAGUAGUUACCAGGUAGGACACCUGUACGUUUGUUUGACUGUAAUCUGUACGAGGACGAUUGAAACUUAACUUAUUUUUUACAGUAAAUGUAUUCUGCUGCAAAUGGUGUGAGUUAUGUUUACUGCCAAUGAUUGCAAUGGUGCUAGUUUGCUUUUCUGUAAGCUGAAAGUAGAAGUCGCUACCUCCCGGUGUAUUGAUACCAGGAUUGCGAUUGUAGAUAAGAAAAAGAAAGAGCAUUUGAACUGAAAGGCAUUUGAAGUAUGUCACAGUGCAAGGCCGGUUUUUAUGCAUUCAUUCGGGGAAACAAAGCAUCAGGGAAAUUCCAACUGUACAUUUAUCGCCAAUAAAACACAGCCACUGAUAUUUUAAAAUCA